UUCGCUUCCGGGUGAGAGGUGCUUGGUCGCCCCGGCAACCGAGUCGCACUCUGCGCUAGGUUCCCCUCUACGCCACGGAGCUGGCGACUCGGCGGGAAUCGCUGAGUCCAGAAAAUGUCUCCAGCACCUCUCUGCCAACUGAAGAAGUACAUAAGAUAAACUUUAUAUUUCCAAAUGGAGACAAGUAUGAUGGUGAUUGUACAAGAACACCUUUUGGAAUUGUCGAGAGAAAUGGAAUAGGUGUUCAUACCACUCCGAAUGGGAUUAUCUACACAGGAAACUGGAAAGAUGACAAGGUAUUGUUGGUUUGAAUACUGACAGUGGAUAAGUAAACCUAAUGAACGGUUUUGGAAGACUUGAACAUUUUUCAGGAGCAGUCUAUGAAGGAUACUUUAAGGACAAUAUGUUUCAUGGACUGGGGACUUAUAUAUUCCCAUCUGGGGCAAAGUACACUGGAAAUUUCAAUGAAAAUAGGGUGGAAGGUGAAGGACAAUAUACUGAUAUCCAAGGACUAGAAUGGUGUGGUACCUUUCAUUUCACAGCCGCUCCAGGCCUGAGACUAAAGCUCCACAUGUAGAUUUUCUGCAUUCAAGUUUAAUGUAGCAAUUAAAGAUUUAGUUGUAAGGAAACCAAAUCUGUCAUAUGAAAUAACUUCAUACACUACCUCUAUAUUAUAAUAUUGCCAAUAAAAUCAUCAUUCACUUAUGCCUUU